AUUAAACUUCAUGUGUCUAAUGGCAAGUGCGUCAUCAACAGUGAGUCUGACCCUGUAGAAACACUGGUGGAUAUUAUUCGCGUGGGAAUCGCACUUGAAUAGAGAAGAAGUGAAUUUUGGAGACUGUGCUCUGGGUGUCAGGAUUUAAAGCUGAAUCGGUGCUGGAUGGAUUUUUACUUUAUUUUUCCACUCUUCUGAUAUUCUGAUGUCAAGUAUCUCGCAGCCAAAUCACGUAGUGUGAAACAAUUCUGCGUGUGUCGUGCUUUUCUGGAUUUUAUUGAGACCAGGAACACCUGUGACUUCGUAAGGUAGUGUGAGAUUAUUUCUUCCGUCUGAAAGCUGAAUUUACUGUCAGAGAAAAGCAGUGAGCUGUCUCUACCGGACUGAUGGCGUCUUCAGUACCUUCGUCCUCGGCUGGUGAUAUGGACCCAAACACGGCUAAUUUACGACAACCUGCCACAACCUGUGACGCGUGGUACGGGGUUGCACACGGAUGCACGAGGAAACUGGGCAUGAAGAUAUGUGGUUUCCUGCAGAAGAACAACAGUUUGGAUGAGAAGAAUCGUUUGGUGGGCGACUUCAAGGAGAGCUCGAAGAACCAGCUGUCCUGUGACAACAGUGAGCACUUCAGACAAACAGAGACAGACUUCUCCAACCUGUUCGCUCGGGAUUUACUGCCUGCUAAAAAUGGAGAGGAACCCACAAUCCAGUUUCUCCUGGAGGUGGUGGAAAUCCUCACAAAUUAUGUGCGAAAGACCUUUGACAGAUCCACAAAAGUGCUGGAUUUCCAUCACCCUCACCAGCUUCUGGAGGGAAUGGAGGGCUUCAAUCUGGAGCUAUCUGAUCAACCAGAAUCUCUGGAGCAGAUCCUGGUGGACUGCAGAGACACUCUCAAAUAUGGAGUGAGAACAGGUCAUCCUAGGUUUUUUAAUCAACUUUCCUCUGGUCUGGAUAUCAUUGGUCUUGCUGGAGAGUGGCUUACAUCUACAGCCAACACUAACAUGUUCACUUAUGAGAUCGCGCCUGUGUUUGUCCUGAUGGAGCAGUUGACCCUCAAGAAGAUGAGGGAGAUCAUCGGCUGGACUAAUGGUGACGGUGAUGGACUUUUCUCACCAGGGGGCGCCAUAUCGAACAUGUACAGCGUGAUGGUUGCCAGGUAUAAGUAUUUUCCAGAAGUGAAAACUAAGGGGAUGUCUGCUGCUCCAAGACUGGUGCUUUUCACAUCUGAACAUAGUCAUUAUUCGAUCAAAAAGGCAGGAGCUGUAUUGGGCUUUGGCAAAGAAAAUGUCAUCCUUCUGAAGACAGAUGACAGGGGGCGUGUCAUACCAGCAGACUUGGAGGCCAAAGUCAUUGAAGUCAAACAGAAGGGACACGUCCCGCUGUUUGUGAAUGCAACGGCUGGUACCACAGUCUACGGGGCGUUCGAUCCCAUCAACGACAUCGCUGACAUCUGUGAGAAAUACAACCUGUGGCUACAUGUGGAUGGUGCUUGGGGGGGAUCACUGCUGAUGUCUAGAAAACACCGUCACAAGUUAAGCGGCAUAGAGAGGGCAAACUCUGUCACAUGGAAUCCUCAUAAGAUGAUGGGUGUGCCAUUGCAAUGUUCAGCCAUUCUGGUCAGAGAGAAGGGUAUUCUGCAGGGCUGCAACUCCAUGUGUGCUGGAUACCUCUUCCAACCAGACAAGCAGUACGACAUCAACUAUGACACGGGAGACAAAGCCAUCCAGUGUGGCAGACAUGUGGACAUCUUCAAGUUCUGGCUCAUGUGGAAGGCCAAGGGCACAGUCGGGUUCGAGCAGCACAUUGACAGAUGUCUGGAGAUCUCGGAAUAUCUUUACAACAAAAUCAAAAACCGGGAGGGAUAUGAAAUGGUCUUUGAGAGCCAGCCCCAGCAUACAAACGUCUGCUUUUGGUAUAUUCCACCGAGCAUGCGGGGCAUGCCAGACGGAGAUGAACGAAGAGAGAAGCUACACAAGGUGGCGCCAAAGAUCAAAGCGCUGAUGAUGGAGUGUGGAACAACCAUGGUAGGAUACCAGCCACAGGGUAACAGAGUCAACUUUUUCCGAAUGGUCGUCUCCAACCAUGCAGCCACCAUAUCUGACAUCGAUUUCCUCAUCGAUGAGAUUGAAAGGCUGGGUAACGACCUGUGAGAGCAUCGCUCUGUUGGGUGGAGGAAGCAAUACACGCACCAUUUACUGCCCAGGGGUGGUGCAUCUACACAUUCACUCAAAGGACAGAGUUUGCGUCAUGCACGUUUAAUGUUUCAACAUUGUGUUGUGAUCCAAUAUGUUCCGUCCUCUCUAUAUUACUAUAUUUCAAACUAACAGAAGCCUGGGAUCGUACUCUGAUUUGUGUAACAGUCAGUGCUUCUGUUUGUACAUACAAUGUAAAGACAAGUAAGACGCAACACCCUUUUAUCAAAGCUCAAACCCCUUUUUGUGUAGAAGUAGUGGGGUCUGUGUGUGAACCGGUGACUGUAAAUCAAUCUGUAUUUGAGUGUUGUGUUCCUAUAAACGUACCUUGUGGUAGGUCAUGUAAAGCGUUUACUCGGCACCUUUGUGAGGUGAAACAUUAGUAUUCAAUUUUCAGUUCUGCUGAUAUAAGUAUAUAAACAAAGAAAUGUAUUUAUUUAUAUUGUGACCUGAGCAGUGUAUAUUUUUCAUUUGUAAUGUUUCUUCACUUGUAUUAAAAUAUAUAUAAUCAAAUAAGUUUAGAGUAACGUUUCUGGUCCAGUGGUGUACUUGUGAGCCAAAGACAAUAUUAGUGCCAUACGUUUUACAAUACGCUCAAUACUCUUUGAAAUAAGCAAGCAUAUAAAAUAUAGUAAUCUAUACACAUUUAUAUUUAAUAUAAUUACAACGUAAAUGUUUGUUGUUCAGGCCUUUGACUCUGUGCAAUCAGUGUGUCAGUGUUAUAAUGUUAUUGUGUGUAUCUUCGACUGAAUGUUACAAGCAAUCCUAUCAAUUAUAUGUUAGUUACGGUACUGGAUAUUUACUACCGAUUAUUGAUAUUCUACUCAGGCGCCAAUAGCGAUUAUUCAACUGUAAAUAGAGUUUAAAAAGAAACAGUGAAAGAAAAUGCAUAAAGCAAAAAGCACAAACUUAGAAGGAAGGCUGAAUGACUGUGUUAAUAUAAACAUUUAUUAAAGGUUUAUUGAUAUUUUCACUGCUGUAUUUAGAUUCAGCUGUUGUGAGUCUCUUGAACAUGUGAAAAAUGACUGUUUGUUCAAUCUCGUCUUUGUUCCAAGUGUUUUUGACGAAUAUUACCUGCACAAUAUUUUUUCCUCUAUUGUUGUGAAUUGUUGACAGUAUAUGUUGAAUGUGAGGACGCCGGUCUGGGCUCCUCAGUUAGGCUGGCACUUUAAAAUGCAAUCACAAUAUAUAUAAACGAUUACUUACACCUGUACAGUGCACAAUAAUAUCUGUUAAAGUAUGAAUAGUAAAGAAUGUUCUGUUAGUCGUCCUUUCAAGAAGUAAAUGAUAUACACUGGAAUAUAUUAUAUAUCAUAUUAUAUAUGUUAUUUUAAUGCUCAAAAUAAAUAAUAAUGUCAUUCUGUA